UGUUUACAUAUUUCUAUUUGUAUCUGAAUUAAAAAAAUAUGUCAUAGAAUUGUAAUAAAGAAAAUGACUCAAUCGAAAGAAGUAGCAGAAGAAUUGUACGAGUGUUAUAUAAAAACUGCUACAAAUAUAGUUUUAUAUUUUCAAGAUAGAGAGAAGAUAAUUGAUGAUUUGAAAGAUGUGGUACAAAAGAACUGUGAAAUAGAUAUUAAAUUAAGUAUGAUUCAAGAAAUAAAGGAAGAUAUCUUAAAUCAGUAUAAUGAUAGUAAAAUUACAGAGAAAAGUAUACAGAAAAUUAUCAAGGAUUAUGAGAAAGCUGUAUCUAAAAUGAAUAUUAAUGUAUCCACAAAUGAAAGACUAUUGGAAUUUGAUAGACAAUUGGAAGCAUUAUUGAGCGAUGUAAACAAAAAUCAGGAUUCUGAAAAAAGCAACAAUGAUGAAGAAUUACAAUUGUCAGGUUCCAUAAAUAUAAUAGAUCCUAUUUCAAAAAUGAGAAUAAAAGAUCCAAUGAAAAAUAUAUGUGGACAUACUUAUGAUCGUGAAACUAUCAUGGCUUUGUUAAAAGUAAAUAGGAAAACAAGGCAAGUAUUGCAUACAAAAUAUAACAAUGAAGGAUUUAAUGGUUUAGAAGUGGUAGAAAAAGUGAAUCUUUUCUUACUUUGUUUAUACACACACACACACACACACGUCUAUUUUGAGCUUUGUACAAAUUAAAAAAUUUUGUGUAGAUGUCCCAUGGUUGGAUGCAAGAAUAAGGAGUAUAUAGACAUAGCCAAUCUUCAAACAGAUGUUGUAAUGAAAGCAUAUCUUCAAAGGAAUCCUGUUUAAUAUUGACAUUAAAUUAUUUUUCCAGAUUUAUUGGAAGUGUGAAUAUUAUAAAUAUAAAGAAAUCACAAAUA